AAACAAAAACAAAACAUUAACUUCAUUUCACAUUCAAAAAUAAAUUUACAGCAUUCUCUUUUAAAACCUUCUCGAAACAAAUCGAAUUUUCUUGAAGCUCUUCGAAAAAAAUAUUUAAAUUCAAUAUUACGAAAUUUUGAGUCAUUUCUUAGUAAAUAUUUAAAAGGUGAAGUUAUACUUCUGUUAAUUUUAUUGGAAGCCAAGAAAAUCGGGGAAUCUUUUCAUUUCUCAUCAAAAAAUAAUCUGCUGCUUACUUGUUAAUUGUGUAAACACGACGUGUGUGUAAAGGAAAAACAUGCCGAGCGAUUCUCUUUCAAGUUCGGAAGCUAAAGAUAUCCCGGGUAGCUCUCGGACAUCAGAAAAUUGCGACAAUGAUCCGAUUCGUGCUAGAACUGAAAGUGAAAGUUCUGACAAAUCUGGUCCAAGAUUUGUUCUUCCUGGAACUCCAAAUUCACCGCCAAAAAUCUUAACGCUUGACGAAGUACAAGAUGUCGUUAAAAAUAUUAAAAAUAUGGCAUUAGCACAUGAAAUUGCUGUCAACAAUGACUUUAAGUUAGAAGCUUACGAACCACCAGAGAACAGCAUUGAGAAAGUUGUUAAGGAAACAAUUCACAAAGCUUUUUGGAACAUUUUAAGAACUCAACUUGAAUCAGAUCCACCGGUUUAUGACCACGCUUUGGUUCUUCUUAAUGACAUUAAAGAAGCCUUCCAAUCAAUUCUACUUGAGAACAAUAAGAAAGUCAUGGAUAAAAUUAACGAGAUGUUGGAUGCUGAUCUGAUUAAGCAACAAGCUGAACAAGGCGUUCUCGACUUCAAAGCUUAUUCAAAUUUUAUUGUUCACGUCAUGUCAUUAGCUUGUGCGCCAAUCCGUGACGAAGCUGUUGCAAAAUUAAGAGAAAUCGACGAUAUUGUUGAUUCAUUUCGUGGUAUUCUUGAGACACUUGCACUCAUGAAGCUUGACAUGGCAAAUUGUUUACUCAACGCAGCUCGACAUGAAGUCAUUGCAAAUUCGGUUUCAUAUGAGAAACAAAAGUUUAAAGAAUAUUUGGAAUAUUAUAAAGAAGGAUUCCCAGCAACUGAAGCAUGGUUGAAAAGAAAUAUUCAAGCUGUUGAACAGCCGAACUCAUCUGCAUCAUCUUCAUCGAUUCCAAUCAGUCCCGAUCGUAAGGCCAAGGAUAUAAUUUUCAAUGCUUACAUGGAGUUACUUUGUUGGAAGUCAGAAAAUGAAUUUCCUGAAUUCUUUUCGAUGGAUCAUGAUCGAAUUGUUGCUUUACAAGGGCGUGCAUUGCGUGUUUGUGCAUGCGCUUCGUCGUUUGCCAUUGUUUCAGGUCUCCCAGUCAUUGCACAAUCAGCUGAUGUGAGGAAAAAUCUCGCCAUGGAAAUUGAAAUCUUACUACAAAACAUAAACACCGACAAAGAAUUGGAAGAUGCUUUGACAAGUGUUUGGCUUCAAGUGAAGAAAGUGUUAGAGAAGAGAAUCGAAGAACUUCAUCAAAAACCGAUUGACGAAGAGACUGAAGCUAGUCUGAAGAGUCACAUUUUGAAAGUAGCCACAAUCGAAACAUCACCAGUUCGUGCAUUGAUGUGGAAGCGUCUUACAACUUACAUUCAACUUAUUCUUAGAUCAAAUAUUGGCAUUCCACCACCACCAGGCUUUGUAGACUUCGCUGAAGAACUUGAAGCUUUGGGUAAUGCUUUUAAAAGAGUCACUUUUUAUAAUUACGCAGUUUAUGGGGAAUAUUAUCAUGACAUUUUGAGUAAGAUUGGUAGCAAUUAAGAGUAGGUGGAAAUUGAUUGGAUUUUUGUUGUUCGUUUGAUUUCUGACAGGAAUUUAAGUGAGAUUUUUUUGUGAUUUUGACAUCAACUAAAUUUGAAAUCUUGUAUUUAAUUUUUUUUUUAUAACUUCCAUAUAAAAAGAAGUUCGUUCCUUAAAGAAAUAUACAUAAAUAAAUUUCAAUUAUUUACUUUUAAAGUUUUAUUGCAGAGAUUGAAAAUCUCAAUCUCUGAUUUUAUCCCAAUUAUCACUUUGUUUAGUUUGUAGUCUAAUUCACUUAAAUUUUAUUGUCUGUCUUCUUAAAAAGUAUUUAAUGAAGAGAAUAAUUAAAGGAAUAACAAAUGUAGUCUUCAAAAUAACAAAAAUUAGAAUGAAAAUUCUUUUGAUUAUUGUGAUAACAUUUUUGUGUUACGUAUUAAGAUUUGUUUGUUUGCAAUCUUAUUUUUUUGUGAAAUAACAAAGAAUGAAAGGAAUAAAAGAAAUAAAACAUAUUUAAACAUAAUCAUUUUAUUUUGGCUUAAAAAAGUCGGUAAUUUUCUUAUUGUUUGUGGGCAUUGCGAUUGCGUUUAAUGUUUCAUUGCUUUGAUUAAAAGUUUCUUCGUUCUGAUCAUCUUCAUCAACUUUUGUUUUUUUCAUGGAUGGACCAUCUGAAUGAAGUUCUUGUGCCUCUUCUUGUUUAUUUGAAUCUUCAGAUGAUGUCUCUUCAGAAAAUUCAAUUUCGCUGAAUGCAUUUUCACUCCUUUUUUCACUUUCUUCAUUAAUGGUCUUCUCAUCUUUCAAUUCACCGGGACCUGAUUCAUCAUCGUUUGAAUUGUAAUGCUUAUAAAUAAACGAAUACAAUAAAUUAGGUCGAUUUGUCAUCCCUUUCUCUUUAAAUUUUCUCAAAAGCUUCCAAAUUUGUCCGAUCGUAAUUUCAUUUCGUUUAAGAAACUCAAACAUUUCGUUAAUCUCACUCAUGAUUUCAUCUUCCCCAAAUGUGAAAUAAACCAAAUUACGUUGAUUAACACUGCAAGCCAUUAAUUGAAUUAAUGACUUGAUUUGUUUGUUUCCUCCAAAUGCUCCACAUCCCCAAUUUCCCGAUGCUAUUGGUAUGGGAAAAACUUCGUCAUUGGGGUCAUGAUAGAAUCCAACAAAUGCUUUGUUUGCUUCUCUUGUUAUUGCGAAUGGUUCAAAUUGAAGAUGAGGCUUGCGAUAUGAAAUUGCAUCAAUUGCCACAAUGUAAGUCAUUCUCCUUCUGAACUUGUCACGCUGUGUUGUGUCAACAUUAUUUCCAGCCCAUUCAAAUGUUGUCGAAUAACCAGAACAUUUACUAAAUUGUUCACAUCCUGUUAAUAAAAUUGCAUCUUUUGAACUCAUUGACUCACAGAAUAACAUGCCGACAAUGAUUUCUGGAUUAAUUACAGAACGAAUCUCUUCUUGAACACAUCCCCAGGAUAAAACGCCACCGCCAAGAAAACGAUUAGCAAAAUCAACUUGAAGCAUUCCAGUUCCAUCUUCAAUCGUCCCUUCUUUAGAAACAUUGACAUUAAUCGUUGAGAACUUUACAUUUGACUCUUCCCAGCUUGGAAGCUCAGAUGAAUCAAUGAAGCGUCUUUGGAACGUCAACACACCUGUUGGCAUUUUGACAUAGCAAAUUUGUUUAAAAUAAUGACAAAUACAUUUAAUUUUCUGUGCGACAUUAUUUUUCAUUCCACAAUUAAAUAAUUUGUUAAAGUUUAUUUCCGGAUAAUCCGACAUGUAUCUUUUGAUGUUUCGUCUUGGAAAUGUGCAUAAGAAAGCGUUCGCCAUAAGACAUCCGGCUUGUUCUUGUGACAUCGAAAUUGCGUGAUUUUUUCUUUGUUUCAGUAAUGGUAUUGAUGAUUUAAUUAAUUGAGGUAGACGAAGUGCAAGAUCAAUGAUUUCUGGCAUUACUUCAAAAAAGAAAAAUUCGGCUUCUUCUUCUAGAAAUAUUUCUUCGAAUGUGAAAUGUAAAGCCGAAAAAUCCCAUUGAUUUUCAUACUUUGUGUUAUAAGCUUUUAUAGCUUUCUCGAGAUCGUGACUGUUCUCAAUUUUAUUUUCCGUCAAUGACUUGCAAAUCAAAUCCCAUCUUAGCUUCUCCGAAGAAUAUCCACUUUCGUCAAUUUCUUGAUAACGACUUUCAGAACUUGAUGGUAAACGAACGAAAUUCUCAUUCCAUUCAUCUUUACCUUCCUUAGGUUUUGGAAAUUCCAGUUCAUCAUCUGGUAAAGGCAACUCAAAUAAUACAGUAUGGUAAUCACUCUCUUCUAUAACUGGAGCUUGAUUUUGCCGCUCAAAUAUACCGUAAUUGCCAUAAAUGUCAGUUAUAGGCGUGCCCACCCAUUUCUCUUCUAUUUCUUCCAUCAAAUAAUCUUGUUUUAUUCUCU